CGCCAAACGGCCACCCUUCCCCGAGGGCGGGACCUGGGACCUGGACAACCAACCAGCCAAUCACCGCGGCCGGAGCCCGCCGGGCUGCGGAACGUGCGCCGGCGGCACAAUCCGCACGGACGUUCGGCCUGCGCAGUGGGGCCGCCGGCUGAGUUCGCGGCUUCCCGCGACGCGCCACCCGACCGGUAGGAGCCGCCCUCGGCCAGCCGGCUCUGAGGCCACGAGGGCUGCCGCCUCCUCGCCGCCCGCCGCCCCUGGCCGCUCGACCCGCAGACAUGGUGGAAGCGGACCGCCCCGGGAAGCUCUUCAUCGGCGGGCUCAGCCCCGAAAUCGACGAGAAAACCCUCGAGGCCGAGUUCGGCAAGUAUGGCCGCGUCAUCGAGGUGCUCUUGAUGAAGGAUCGAGAAACCAGCAAGUCCAGGGGCUUCGCGUUCGUCACCUUCGAAAGCCCCGCCGACGCCAAGGCCGCCGUCCGAGACAUGAACGGCAAGUCCCUGGAUGGUAAGGCCAUCAAAGUGGCCCAGGCCACCAAGCCGGCGUUCGAGAGCGGCCGCCGGGGCCCGCUGCCGCCGUCCCGCAGCCGCGGGCGCCCGAGGGGCCUGCGCGGGGCCCGCGGGGGCGGUGUCGGGCCGCGGCGCUCCCCGUCCCGGGGCGGGUCCGCCGACGACGGCGGCUACUCGGGGGAUUUCGACCUGCGCUCCUCCAGGGCCCCGAUGCCCAUGAAGCGCGGCCCGCCGCCGCCGCCGCGCAGGGCCGGGCCGCCCCCAAAGCGGGCCGCGCCGUCGGGCCUGCCCCGCAGCGGCGGCAGCGGCGGCGGCGGCGGAGGGAUGCGCGGGCGGGCCCCGGCCGCGCGCGGGCGAGAUGGCUACGCGGGGCCGCCGCGCCGAGAGCCGCCCCCGCGCCGGGACCCCUACCUGGGCCCCUGGGAGGAGGGCUACUCGCCCCGGGACAGCUACUCGAGCCGAGACUACGCGAGCGCCCGCGACUCCCGGGAUUUCGCCCCCUCGCCCCGCGAGUACACCUACCGCGACUACGGCCACUCCAGUGCCCGGGACGACUUUCCGUCCAGGGGCUACGGCGACCGAGACGGCUACGGGGGCCGCAGCCGUGAUUAUGCCGACCACCCGAGCGGAGGCUCCUACCGAGAUCCCUUCGAGAGCUACGGGGACCCGCGCAGCGGCAACCCCACGCGGGGGCCCCCGCCCUCGUACGGCGGCCGAGGCCGCUACGACGAGUACCGAGGCUGCUCGCCCGACGCCUACAGCGGCCGCGACAGUUACGGCGGCGGCGGCGGCAGGAGCGACCGCUACUCCAGGGGCCGCGACCGGGUCGACCGAGCCGACCGCGGGCUUCCCGCGUCCCUGGAAAGGGGGUGCCCUCCGCCGCGCGAUUCUUACAGCCGGUCGGGCCGCCGGGCCCCCAGGGGUGGAGGCCGCCUAGGAGGCCGCCCGGAGAGAGGGGGAGGCCGGAGCAGAUACUAAGUUGGAACAGACUUGGGACCAAAACCCGAAGUCCGUCUUCAAAGAAACCACCGAAAAGAAGAUCCUGUUUUCUGGAAGCAUAAAACAGUUGGGAAGAAGAAGUUCUACUCAUCUUUGAAGAUGAAGUUCUAUGAAGCAGAUGCUAUUAUCAACCCCAUUAUACUAAGGAGAAGACCAAGGCACAAGAGGAUCACUCACUCUGGUGGAACCAGCUGCCAUGUCUUGAAUCCCCAGGUAUCCCUGUGAAAGGCUCACCUGGUAAGGGACCGAGGCUUCCAGCAACAGCCAACCAUAGCCUAUUGAAAGCAGCUCCAGUCAGGCCUUCAGAGGAUACAGCCCUGGCUGACAACUUGACCAGGAGAGCCCUGUACCAGAACCACCCAGCUCAGCGACUCUCGGAUUCCUGAUGAUUUUGAGAGCUCGAGGAAGGAUGAGAAAGAGAGAAACACCGAUGUUAGAGCCAAACGUCGAUUAGCUGCCCGGAACCAGCAACCUUUCAAUGCACAGGAAGAUGCCCAACCUACUGAACCACACUGGCCAAGGCAAAGAGGACUGCCAAGGACUCCUUGUGGCUAAUGGGGCCCCAAAUCAUAGCCAGAAUCAAGCAGCCAUUGCUGACAGAGACCACACACUGCAUUCCAGGGAAAAGCCACAAACUGAGUUUCCAAGCCUUCUGCACUGUGUUCCUGUCAUCUGAACUGAACCUUACAAAGGAGUUCCUGAAAUCAUCUUUCAACCAAAGGGCUGAGACCUGCCCCAUUCAAUUGGAACUGUGCAGCUAUAUCCUCCUUUGCAUAUAUACUGACCAAUCAGGACAGUGCAAUUCAGAUCAAUCAAACUGCAAAUUUGGAUUUCUCAUUUGCAUAAAAAUGGACCAAUCAGGGGUCAGGGUAGAAACUUUCUCUCUAAAAGCAGGCCUCCCUUUGUCUUUGGGGAGUGCAUUUCCCUGGAUUGCAAACUGUUCACCUGAAUAAAGUUUCUCCUUUUACCA